CACACUGCUCCCCCGGGUCGGAGCCCCCCAGAGCUGCGCGAGGGCUUGCUGCAAAAAGCCGAGCACAGAACUCCUUGCCCGCGCAGUCCUGCCCGCGCCCGGCCUCUUGGCGCUCUUGCUGCCCCGCCGCCCACUUUUCAGGCCCCCCAGCCGCACCGAGCGAGCGAGCCGGCCCGGGACGAGCUCCGGCCUCGGCCGCCUGGCGCUUCCCCAGCUCCGUUCCUUCUGCCCCCCGGGGGUCGCGCGCCCACCAUGCCGAAGGGCCCCGGCUCGCUGCUGCUGCUGGUCCUGGCCUCGCACUGCUGCUUGGGCUCCGCGCGCGGGCUGUUCUUCGGCCAGCCCGACUUCUCCUACAAGCGCAGCAAUUGCAAGCCCAUCCCCGCCAACCUGCAGCUGUGCCACGGCAUUGAGUACCAGAACAUGCGGCUGCCCAACCUGCUGGGCCACGAGACCAUGAAGGAGGUGCUGGAGCAGGCGGGCGCCUGGAUCCCGCUGGUCAUGAAGCAGUGCCACCCGGACACCAAGAAGUUUCUGUGCUCGCUCUUCGCCCCGGUAUGCCUCGAUGAUCUGGACGAAAUCAUCCAGCCGUGCCACUCGCUCUGUGUACAGGUGAAGGACCGCUGCGCUCCGGUCAUGUCCGCCUUCGGCUUCCCCUGGCCCGACAUGCUCGAGUGCGACCGUUUCCCCCAGGACAACGACCUCUGCAUACCCCUCGCUACCAGCGACCACCUCCUGCCCACCACUGAAGAAGCCCCUAAGGUCUGUGAAGCCUGCAAAAAUAAAAACGAGGAUGACAACGACAUAAUGGAGACUCUUUGUAAAAAUGAUUUUGCACUGAAAAUAAAAGUGAAGGAGAUAACCUACAUCAACAGAGACACGAAAAUCAUCCUGGAGACCAAGAGCAAGACCAUUUACAAGCUGAACGGGGUGUCCGAACGGGACCUGAAGAAGUCGGUGCUGUGGCUCAAAGACAGCUUGCAGUGCACCUGCGAGGAGAUGAACGACAUCAACGCGCCCUACCUGGUCAUGGGACAGAAACUGGGCGGCGAGCUGGUGAUCACCUCGGUGAAGCGGUGGCAGAAGGGGCAGAGAGAGUUCAAGCGCAUCUCCCGCAGCAUCCGCAAGCUGCAGUGCUAGCUGUGGCGCUCUGCUCCGGCGGCUCCGACAGGCCGGCCCCAGGGCGCGGCCGGCCACUUCCGCGCGAGGCCCAGGCCUCGGCUCUCUGUCCCAAGCACAGUCCCUGCAGCUCCGGCCCCAGCCUGGAGCAGCGCCCCCUGCCUUUUGCACAUUUGCACCCCCAGCAUUUCCUGAGUUAUUAGGCCCCAGGAGGCCUCAGGAAUGGGUACCUGUCUUCACAUUAAGGAGAAACCCAGCCAAGUCUUGUAGAAAUAUUCAAACUAAUAAAAAUCAUGCAUAUUUUUAUGAAGUUUUAAAAUAGCUCACUUUAAAGUUAGUUUGGAAUAGGGACAACUGUGACUUGGGUCUGAUUUUUUUUUUCCCCUCUUUGGUCUGGUCACCUGACUUUCACUUUUCUGCUGAGGAUGCCGUAAAUGUCCAAAUAGCUUCAUUUUUGUCUGUGGCCCAAACUGCUGUGGGUCACAGCCCCAGUUGAGAUAAAGCUGGCUGUUAUCUCAACAUCUCUCAGCUCCAGCCUGAGACGCCUCGCCUAAGUGUUCAAACAGUUACGUGUCAUUUUACACCCUCAUUGGGACUUCACAACUGUAGCGUGUAUUGCAUUUCCAAGUAGAGGACUUCCAUUUAUAAGAAGCACAUUAACCAUCAUAGCAUGAAUUCAUUGAAUAAAGGGCACAACAGACAAGUUUUGUAAUUGACCUGAGUCCUUUAAGCUUUGUUUAAAACAUUUUUUCUUAUUUUUGCAAAUUAAACCAUUGUAGCUUACCUGUAAUAUACAUAGUAGUUAACCUUAAAAAGUUGUAAAAAUAUUGCUUUAACCAACAUUGUAAAUAUUUCAGAUAAACGUUAUAUUCUUGUAUAUAAACUUCA